AUGGCUAGUGAGGAGAGUUUUGUAGUGUUGGUUCACCACAGAGGAUCGAUUAAGAGAAAAACUCGUUUCGGUGUGAAGUUCACCGAUAAGGAUCCUCUCUGUAUUAUCGUGAGGCCUACGACGAGCUAUAAUGACCUUGUUAGGUCUGUACUGUUGAAACUUGGUCUGGAAGGUGUGAAGCAAGUUAAGAAGUUUUUCUAUCGCAUUCCAAUCACGGUGCUCCAGGAAACCGUGAAGUAUGGUUGUUUCACGAUCGGGAGUGAUGAGGACUUGCAGGUCAUGUUUCAUUGUCGCCGACAGUUUCCAGAAGUGAGGACACCAGAACUGUUGGCAAAGUUGGUUGAUGUGGUAUCCCGCUCAGGGGUCUUGAACCGGAAUACCACCACUUUAGCCACGGCAGCCGGUUCUAGCUCCAGACCUGCCGUUGUUUCUUCUUCCGUCCUUGCAUACGAGCCACCCGUCCAACCUGUCGCCUCCCCUUCGUUUGCUGUUGAUCUCAAUGACAGUUGUGUUGCACCGCCUGGGGUUGGAGAGGGAUUGUUGGGUGAUCCAAAGGACGAUGAUGUUGAGCCAAAUAUGAUUGAUGAUGACAGUGGUGAUGAUAUUGGAGUCAGUGAGUCUGCCAGGGCGGGAGGUGGUUCUAGCUCUGCCACACAGUAG